GCUGAAGGUGCCGAGACAAUGUUGUUCACUUUAGAUCUAAUGGAAUAUGAGAUUUAUUCUCUUCAUAACAUCUCGGUCAGCAUAUAAAUCAAAAUAAUAGUUUAAUAAAGGGGUUAAUCUACGGGUGACAAGGGUUAUCUUGAAGUCUUGAAACUAACAGGCCACCCGGACUGUAUUAUAUUGCUUCAGAAGCCAAAAACGUUACACCAUGGCAUCCUUACUAGACCUCCCUAUCGAAAUCCUAAAUCAUACCAUAGAGUCGAUGGAUAUCUAUGAUAAACAUGCCCUCUUUCAAUUAGCGAUCACUUCUCGAACUCGUAUUGGGACCUACUAAGAGAUAUCCUGGAGGAAAAUACGAAUCGAGGAGGGGAAACGCCGACACAUGGUGUUUGGCAGAGCUAACUUUCCAUAUAGACAUGCAUCAUGAAUAUUACGGCGGCGGUUCUUACUCCCGCGAUUGUACUGCGCCACUGGCAGUGUUCAAUCUGUUUCCGAGAGUAAAACGGCUCCAGGCCUCUUGGCAAGUUGAUCCCAAGUGUUAUGAAUUUUGGGAUGCUAAGCGACUUGAUCGCGCCUUGGUAGAACUUAUCCGAUACCGAGAUGAGCGCUUUCCUAAUCUCAAUUCUAUCUCAAUUCACAUCGUAAAUUUCUAAAAAACGACAUGGAAAUUUGAGUCGCCCUGGGCCACCGUUAAAGCGCGAGCAAAAGGCGUAAGCUUGAAAUUCUUCAAAGGAGGGAGGCUCGGGUUGGAGCAUAUUGGAGGUGAGGAUCUUAGGAAGAGUUAUCCCUAAAAGAUGAGAGGAAUGAAGGGGUUUGCCAAGUAAAGGAACUAGAUGAUUCGGAUUUUCAAAAACGAGAGGGAAAAGACGACGAUGAUGAAAAGUCGGAACACCGUCUUUGGGGUUACCCUCUCAUGAGCCACCCGUUUUUGAUGCAUCUUAAUAAUUCGCCAUGACGGUAAACGUUGUACUAUUUGACGAUAGAUAACAACUUCGUCUUAGCAAAUCAUAACAGAAUAUCGUAGCACGAUCCCGCCUUUCAGGCCUCAGGUUCCUGUCGUACUGGGACGCCACGUGCUUCCAUACCGAGC